CUCUACUGAAGCAACUGGUCCUCCCUUGAGAUGCGGGUUUCGACCGAGGCCACCACGGUAGCUCGAGUAAAUAAAGAACGGUUGUCUUACGUGGGCACCGGUUGAGGGCUUGUUCUAACUUUAAAUUGUAAAAGGAAUGGCUAGUUAUUUUAGUAGCAACCGACUGGGUUAUAACGUUAGCUAUCUAAGUUUGUGUGUUGCUGUAGCUACCAUUAGCUAACUGGUGAGAGCAAAGAGUUCCCUAGUCUCACUACAUCAACUACCAACCAAUUCUCAUGAAAAAUAGAACAUAACUCAUGCAAUCACAGUGCUUUGACAUCCAUCAAACACUGAUUUGCAUCCUGCCAUCUGAUUUCCUGCCAUCCAUCCCCUCAACUUCUUUACAGUGAUCUGCUGUGUUAACUUCAUGCUGCUUGUUUGAUAAGUAUCACCCCAUUACAUCUCAACCUCCUGCAUGACUCCCCCCAUAAUCAUCUGGCCCUCAGUCCAACUGCAUGUGUCCUCCCCUUGCCUGAACUGAGUGGGCCUCCACUAAACUGCAUGCGCUCUCCCCUGAACUGAACUGAGUGGGUCUCCCCUCGGCGCGCUUGCUUUUCUGUGAGUGCUUCACUGACCAUGGGGAAGGACAGGGGAGGUAAUGCUAUGGUUCUGUCGUCGAAGAGGCCGUGCCACGGGUGGGGGGACCACGGUCGCGACCUGGAAAAGCUGCGUUCGGCCCUGGAGGCAGAGAAGUGCCAUAACCAUCAGACUCACCAGAGGUUCUCCCUGGAGCUGCGUCRGCUCCGCGAGGAGGCUGAGAGGGAGCAGCAGCGGGCCCUGAGGGAGCUGACGGCCAGGCACGAGCGACAGAAGGCCCUGGAACUCCAGCGGCUACAGGAGGUGCUGAGGAGGGAGCAGGCUGCUGAGGUGAGACACCUGCUGAGAUCCAAAGGACAGGAGUUAAAGGCGGUAGGCACUGGGCUGGAGAGGGAAGCUGCCACCAGGCAGGCCAGGGAACUGCAGCGCCGGCUGGCUGAGGAGGCCAACACAACCAUCACCAAGUCUGGGUGGAAGAGCAGGGGGGAGAACAUAGACAGAGAGCCUGGUUGUGUCUGCAGCGGUGCCAGCUACCGUAAGCUGGAGCAGCUGCUGGUGAGGCUGCAGGUUACGGAUAGAGAUGGAGAGCAGGCUGUGUUCCUCCAGCGUCUCAGACAGGAGCUGGACCUGGAGAAGGACCUCUACCUCGGCCACCUGCUUGAAGUCGACGGACAUGGACGACGACUAGGGACCAGGGAGGUGAAGGAGAGGAACCAGAGCUCCUCCAGGGCUCUCAAAACCAGGCACAGGGCUAAGAGCUGUGUCCAUCUCCUCAGCAGCACCACCCAGGACCAGGAAGACCACUCCCAUCGCAGUGGGCCUCCACCACUGGCCCGCUCCAGGUCCCUUUCCCAGAGCUCCAAGAGUCCCUCAUCCCCUCCACCCAAGAAGAGAACCAGGAGAGAGCAUAUGAGCGUGGCUUCAGGAAGGAACCUCAGUGCAGCUGCCCGCUGCUCCUCUCCCCUGGCUGGGGACACCUGUCGAAGCUCCAGCCCCCCUCAGACCACAUCCUCACCCCAUGCAGGCUGGGACCUCCAGUCUAAGUCGCCUGGGUCAGACAAGUCCUCGCCCUCCAAAUACUCUGACAAAGACAACAUGGAGGACAACAUGGAGAAUGGCACUGACUAUGGGUUCUUGGUGCGUCAGAACUCUGAGCUGCUGCAAGCUCUGGAUGAGAUGGAGAAGACCUGCACCAACCUGAGAGAGGAGAACGGCCUGCUGAGGAAGAGCAGUGUCCCAGAGACUGAGGAGAAGGUGAGGCGUCUGAGGAGGAAGAACACAGAGCUGGCUGUCAUCGCUAAGAGACUGGAGGACAGGGCACGCAAACUACAGGAGGCCAACCUCAAAGUGGUGAACGCCCCAGCUCCGGUGCGGCCGGGGGCGGUGGAGCAGUACAAGAGGGCGUUUGCCCGUCAGAGAGCCCGUGACCUGGCACAGCAUGCAGAUACACUGCUCUACAAGGACAAGGAGAUUUCCGCCCUGCAGCAGGAGUGUAGGCAGCUGGAGACCCGUCUGGGCACAGCCAAGGGCUGCCCUGUACCGUCGGGCAUGGUGGAGUUUGAGAGGUUGCUGAGGGAGUCCCAGAAGGAGGUGCUGAGGCUCCAGAGGCAACUGUCAGUCUCCUCCUCCAGAGUCACCUCCUCUAAGGAAACAUUCUCUAAAGAAACCUCCUGCAGGGAGCACAACGGCCACGACAGGCCCUGCACACCCGAGGAGAAGAGGAAAGAGAAUGUUGCAGCAGAGACCCCGUGUGUGGCGUUAGAUGAGGCUCCAUCCAGGUGUGAGGAGACUCCCAGAGAGGAGGAGGAGUCAGGGUCGCGAGUGACCCCACCCCCACUGGGUCUCUGCCCCGCCCCCACCCCUAGCCUCUCCCACCAGGAGGAGCACACAGAGGAGCAGCAACUACAGUUGCUGGAACAGGAGCUGAGUAAGAAGAGAAAAGAAUGUGAAAACCUUGAGCAUGAAGUAAGGAAGAGACAAAAGAAAUGUCUAGAUUUGGAGAGCCUGCUUGAGGAUGAGCGGGGCAAAAAUGAACAACUAGAGGAGGAGGCGGAUCUCCUCAGGAGGAAGGCACAGCUGCUCGACCAGGCCCGGGUUGAGAAUGAAGAGCUGAGGGAAGACCUCUCUGAAGUGACCGCUCAACGUGAUUCAGUUCUCGAGGAGAACCAGAGACUCCGUGCCAAACUGGAGAACCUAGAGCAGGUCCUAAAGCAUAUGCGAGAGGUCGCUGAGCGAAGGCAGCAGCUGGAACUAGAACAUGAGCAGGCACUGGCUAUCCUCAAGUUUAAACAGGAUGAGAUCAAACGGCUACAGCGGGCUGAGUUUUUUGCCAAGAGGGAGCAUGAGGGGGUGGUACAGUUGCUGGAGGACUUGAUCCAGCUUGUGUUGCAGAGGGAGCUGGUACAUCUUAAGGUGCGUGAGUUGGAGGAUAAAUGUCGCAGCCAGAGUGAACAGUUCGGCCUGCUUAGCCAUGAGCUGGAGACCUUCCGACUGCAGGCCGGCAAACUGGACCUGGCUGGCUCCACACUCCUCACUAACCAUGCCCUCUGCCAUCUGACCAACGGUGUGGGCCUCGCUGGGGAUGUGGCGGCAACUCUCCAGAUGGGGGCCACCCCUCACGCUGCAGGUCUCACACGCUCCCCCACCACCAAGCACCGUGAGCUGCCCACCAUCAGCCUGACCAAGUCCUCCAGCUCCCCCAAGUCUGUCUCUGACACCACCCAUCUCUCCCCAAAGUCAGCCGAGUCCCACCACAGCCCCCAUCACAGCCCACGCAGGACCAGCCCCACGCCACACGAGGUUGACACAGCCAGUGAAGUGGAGGAGUUGGACAUUGAUGUGUCCCCAGCACCUUACACCACUCUCAGAGGAGCCGCCAAGCUACAGGUCUUCAUCGGCAGAUACAGCUAUAACCCCUAUGACGGUCCAAAUGAUAACCCAGAGGUGGAGCUGCCACUCACCGCUGGGGAGUACAUCUAUGUUUAUGGCGGUAUGGAUGACGACGGCUUCUAUGAAGGUGAGCUGAUGGACGGGCGGAGAGGGCUGGUCCCCUCCAACUUUGUGGAGCGCGUCUCAGAUGAUGACAUGAUGAGCGCCCACGUUCCAGAGGGCACGGACAUAUCCCACAACUCCUUGCUGGACAGCAGCCUGCACAGUGCCAGCCACCAGCACCACCUCCGCCUGGGGGGCCCAGGUACCUCUGAGAAGACCGACCCUACGUUUGCAGCCUCCAACCCAGGUCCCCUAUCUGUCUCUUUCCCCUCAGGGGAGCAGGUCCCGGCCCCUUCGGACCCCUCCUUCCGACCCCUCCUCUCCCCAGCCCCCCUCACCAACGGCCUGGACCUAGACCUGGAGGUGGGGGUGGACACUGUGCCUUACCCGCGCAAGCUCACCCUCAUCAAGCAGCUGGCCAAGAGCAUCAUCAUUGGCUGGGAUGGGCCGCUGGUGCCAGCGGGCUGGGGCAAUGUGUGGAGCUACAAUGUGUACGUGGACCAGGAGCUGAGGCUCAACGUGCCCUUCGGCUCUCAGACUAAAGCUGUCCUAGAGAGACUAGACGUCAAUCUCAAGGCCUAUCGAGUGUCUGUGCAGAGCCUGACUGAGCGCGGCAGCUCGGACCAGCUCCGUUGCUCCAUGCUGGUGGGCAGGGACGUAUGUGUGGCGCCCACCCAGCUCAGAGUCGACCGUGUCACCGCCACCUCGGCCAGCCUGUCGUGGCUGCCCAGCAACAGUAACUAUGUGCACAUUGUGUCCUUGAACGAGGAGGAGAUGGAGCUGGUGAAGGCUGGCAGCUACUCGCUGUGCCUCAGUAACCUUACCCCCAGCCUGCACUACACGGUCAAGGUGGAGGCUCGGCCACACCAAACCCCCUGGGAGCUUCCCCAGGAGAGGCGGGAACACAAGACCGCCACCACUACCUUUACCAUGCUGGCCGCAGGUCCCCCUGAUGCUCCUCUGGAUGUGCAGCUGGAGCAGGGGCCCUCCCCGGGAAUUGCCCUUAUCAGCUGGCUGCCUGUCACCAUCGAUGCUGCUGGGACCUCCAACGGAGUCCGCGUCACCGGAUACACCAUCUACGCUGACAAGAAAAAGGUGUUGGAGGUGUCAUCCCCUACGGCAGGCAGUGCCCUAAUGGGCCCGUCUCAAAUCCAGUCCCUUAUGACGGCCCACCAACUCACCGUGCGCACCAUGUCCGCCCACGGGGAGUCCACCGACUCUGUGCCAGUCAACGUGCCCGCCAAGCUAGCCGCCAUCAUGACGGACCAGGCCUCGGCUACCUCCGCCCCAUGCUCCUCGUCACCCCCCGUUCACCAGUCACCACCCUACCAGUCACCCCCUGUCCACCAGUCACCCCCCUUCCUGUCUUCAUCACCACCCGUACAGCCCCAAUCCCCGUCCUAUGGGAACUCAGCUGCCAAAGUCUCCACGCUACCCUACGCCACGGCCUCACCGCCGCUAGACGCACACGCCAUGGUCCCUAACGGGGGGCUGCCCUCUGCCAACUCUCCCCCAGUCCACACCCUCCACACAGAGGCCUCCUCCCCGCUCCCUGCCUCGUACGCAGAGGCCUGGGCCAACCCCUUAGCAAAGUCUCCUGCUCCCCUUCGGGAUGCCUUGGCAGUGCAUGAGGCCACCAUGUCACCUCCAGUAGCACCAAACUAUCAGGCCAAGUUGCCAUCAGUACCAUCAGCCUAUGAGGCUAUGAUGUCACCACCAAUACAACCAGCCUAUCAGGCCAUGCUACCACCAGCCUCUCACAUCAACACAACGGUCAAUGCAGCCUUGCCCCCCAACCAGAGUCCAGUCCCAGGCCUAGUCCCAGCAGCAGCCAUGGAGCAGAGCAGAGCAGUCACAGAAAUCCCCGGAGCUCCCCGUCCCGCCAUGUCCAUCACAGACUUUCUCCCCAUGGAAGACGACUCCCGUGCAUACCUUUCAACCCCUGAGCCCUGCCCCACCCCAACUCAGGACAGACACUCUCUCCAGCCCCCCAAAGCCCCCUCUCCCCUGGAGUCAGAACCAGACUACUCUAUGGAGAGGUCGACCACACGCCUGGUGUCCAUGGAGGAGUUCCUCAGGCAGGAGAAGGACCCAGGCUUCAGCAGGCAGCCACAGGGUUAUGCUGUUGGCCUGGUGGAGCCUCCGUACGGUGCAACAGAGAACAGUAGGGGCUCGGACCUGUCUGAUAUCCUGGAGGAAGAGGAGGAGGACAUGUACUCAGACCCCCGUGGACCCACCCUGGCCCGAGGGUACACCACAGGAGCCGACAGGCCAGACCAGUGGGAGGUGCCGGACAGUGACGAAGAGAUUCUGGAGAGUAUCCUGAAGCUUCCUCCACAGGCCCAGGCUCAGGCCUACCACUACCAUCACGGUCAUCAUCACCUCAACAAGCACCUGUUCAGCAUCCCAGAGGUCACUGAUGAAGAAGACAACAGCGUGGACGAGGACUAUAAUCACCGGCGCCACCGAAGACAGUCCCAAGCCAGGCCCAGCCGCACACACCUCCACCCCGAUGACCCCCACUACCACAGAACCCAAGACCAACCCCAGCCCCACCACCACCACCACCACAGCAGCAGAGCUGAAGCCAAAGAGCCUUUACCCAGACAUAGUGGUGGUGCUGUUGUCAGGGCUCGGCCCCAGCACAGGGUCCACUACGCAGACACAGUAGACAGCAUCAGCUACCCUGAGGAGGGGGAGCUGGUCCUCGGGCCCAGUAAGGAGAUGUGGGUGCGUCAGGCCCCCCAGAAGGCCCACCACGGUGGGGGAAGGAACGGAGUGGGGACGGUUGCCCUGGUAGGCGGGCUAGGGGACAGGCUCAGAAGAGAAGCCUUGCUACGGAGUCAGAUGGCGGUCGCUGCGUUAACGUCCCAGGCCACCGGCCACGCACCAUGCUCCUACCUAGUCAGCAAGACCGUUCGGACGGUCAAGUCCCCUGUGGGCUCGGUAGCAGAGAUCGACAUUGAGUAUGGGACUGACGAGGAGGAUACAUUGACCUAUGACCACGGGGAACGAGGGGAGGUGGUGGUGGAGCAGAUGAGUUCUGAGUGGUGGGUGGAGGGGUCACAGCCUGACCCCCUCACUCUGGCCCUGCGCCGGGGAAAACCUGCCCUCCAGGCCAUUGCAGCUGCUGCAGCAGAAUGGAGCAUGGAGCCUGCACGGCCUAUAGGAGACAACGAGGUGCGUAUCUUUGUGGCGCUGUUCCCCUACGACCCGGUUAACAUGUCCCCGAACCCUGAUGCCGCUGAGGAGGAACUGCCCUUCAGAGAGGGACAGAUCAUCAAGAUCUACGGAGAUAAAGACUCGGACGGGUUCUACCACGGCGAAUUGAACGGUCGUCACGGUUACGUACCGUGUAACAUGGUGUCUGAGAUUCAGGUGGAGGAUGAGGAGACCAGAGAGACACUCCUGCAGCAGGGCUUCCUGUCUACCCACGCAAACAUGGAGAAGAUAGGCACUCGCUCACAUGCAAAGCUUCCGCGUCGGCCUGUCCCACCGCCGAAACCGAGACGAUCCAAGAAAGUUGAGUCUACUGCAAUGUGGGAGGAUAGCUUAGAAUCCUCCAGUCAAGAUCCCAGCCAGUCUGGUGUUGCGAUGGCGAACCCAGCAGGUCCUGUUCCUCGCAGGAUGAAGGCCAUCUUUGACUACGACCCUCGAGAGAGUUCUCCCAACGCUGACAUUGAGGCUGAGCUGACCUUCAGUGCCGGGGACGUCAUUUAUGUGUUUGGUGACAUGGACGAUGAUGGCUUCUUCUAUGGCGACCUGAACGGACACAAAGGCCUGGUCCCGUCUAACUUCCUGCAGGCUAUCCCAGAGACUCCUCGGAAAGCCCCACCACCUGACCCUCAGCCUCCGCCUCUAGCAGAGCCCAGGAGAGAAUUACAGGUGAGCCCGAGCACCUCCAUGGAGCAGACAACACCAGAGGAGGUUCCACAUUCACCCCUACAGACAGGGCUGACUGGCCCAGUCCACACACACCUCCACCACCUAGACCUGAAUCCAUCCGCCACAGCAGCCAUGAUAGACCCCUCCACGGACCCUGGCCCAGGCGCAUACUACCCCAACCCAGCCCCAAGACAAGCCGCCCCCAGAAUCAGCACCUCUCCACCCCACGUUCCACCAGAAAGCCCCUCACAAACAGACCAGACAGAUGCCUCCCCACCAGGCAAGAAAAAGAAAGGCUUCUUCUCCAAAGGGAAGAAGCUUUUCAAAAAGCUUGGAUCCAGCAAGAAGGAUUGAAACUUGGGACAUUUACCCCACCUUAUUGAAAGCACUUUUACAUGUUUGUUAUCAGUCUUCGUUGUCUUAGUCUAUGUUAAUUUAGUUGGAGUGUUCUGUAACUACAGAUACACUAACUUGUCCUUGGCCGAUAUUAUACAGCUAAAUAUACCGCUUCAAUGGGCUUUCUUGAUAAUACUACUAAACCAGCUAUCAAUAGAGAUCAAUAGUAAUGGAUUUUUUUUAAGGCACUAACUCCACUAUGGUGCGUAGGACAAAGCCUAUGAGGAGAUUAUUGCUUUUAAAUACGUUUUUGUAGGGUUUUAGGAUAAAUGUCGAAAAUAGGAUCUGUGGUAAACACAGGCUUAGUAGAUCUUAUACGUUUUUUUUAUGAGUUCAUCUUCAUCAGCUAAUGUCACUUUUUGUGAACUUUCAAGCAUUUAUGUUAGGAAAAAAAGCACAUAAAGGCUUCAUAAUUCAUAAAGGUUAUGUUAACUGACUGCUAUUAUCUCAUAGAACAGAAAGUAUAAGAUCUCCUAAGCGUGUGUUAACUUCAGACAUUAUUUUCUGCAUUUAUUUAUCCCAAAACCCUGUUCUUUCCCCAUUAAUUUUCCCCAUAGGAAUGGUUGAACAAACAAAAGGUAACUAAUUUCCGUUUUUUUACGACUACAAGCUGGCGAGCUCUAUAUGGUGGAGCAUAUUUUGUCUGUAUCCGAAAUGGCACCCUAAUCCCUUCAUUGUGCACUACUUUGGGAAUAGGGUGCCAUUUCAAACGCAGAGAUUGUCAUAUAUAAAAUGUGGCAGCAUCACUGACAGCAUGCUAAUGAGCAUGUUGAAGUAUUUAAACUCCUAACCUGUGCUGUGCUUACAGGCUGCCUCUAAAUACCCACCAAUUACCUAAUACGUGUUAACCAUUAGUAGUCCACUCCACUCUGUGAGGGUUU